CUCUCAACAACAAUGAUAUCGAAAUUAGUGAUCUGUGGCGUGAUCGCCGCCGUGGCAUCACUGCCCCAAAGCCCGUCUACGUCCUACGGGACUCCCAAUGUGGGAUCUGGAGGAGGAGGCUUCGGUGGCAGCGGGUUUGGAGGUUCCUCGGGAAGUGGGUUUGGAAGGGGGACCAGCGGAGGUUUCGGAGGAGCUGGCAGUGGCUUCGGAGGAGCUGGCAGUGGCUUCGGAGGAGGAGCAGGCAUUGGAGGAGGAUCUGGCAGUGGUUUUGGGGGAGCUGGUGCUGGGUUCGGAGGAGGAGCAGGCCUUGGAGGAGGAGCUGGCAGUGGCUUCGGAGGAGCUGGAAGUGGUUUUGGAGGAGCAGGAAGCGGAUUAGGAGGAGGGUCAUCUGGAGCGGGAUACACAGGAGGAAGAGGCGCUGGCGCCACCUCUCAUCGUGGCUCAUCUGCAGGAGGAUUUAGAGGUUCCGUAGGAUCUUCAAGAGGUUCUGGUGGUGCUUUUGGAGGAAGCGGUUUCGGGGGCUCUUCAGGUAGCGGAUUCGGUGGUUCAUCCCGUGGCUCAUCAGGAGGAUCUAGAGGUUCAUCUGGAGUAGGUUUUGGAGGCUCAUCCGCAGGAGGAUUCGGAGGCAGCGCCGCUGGAGGCGCUGGAGCUGGAGGGUACAGCGGCUCCUCAGGGCCUGUGGUUCCCAUCCUCAGGGACGACCGUCAGGGACCCGAUGAGUUCGGAAACUACAACUUCAACUUCGAAACUGGCGACGGCAUCAGCCGACAGGAACAGGGUGCCCCUCAGGGACCAACUGGCGCCGUGGCUUCUCAAGGAUCAUGGUCGUUUACCUUCCCUGACGGCACUCCAGCUAACUUCAAUUUCGUUGCUGACGAGAACGGUUACCGUGUGGAGUCUGACCUGCUACCCACACCCCCUCCCCUCCCCCCGCACGCCAUCGCCCAGAUCGAGAAGGCUCGUCAGGAGGACGCCGCCGCUGCUGCUUCGGUGGUGCGAGGCGGUUACAGUGGCCAGUCAGGUUCCGGUUCUGGACAGUUCUCAGGAUCUGGCCAAUCAGGCUUUGGCUCCGGUCAGUUCUCAGGUGCUGGCCAAUCAGGCUUUGGCUCUGGCCAGUUCUCAGGUGCUGGCCAAUCAGGCUUUGGCUCUGGCCAGUUCUCAGGUGCUGGCCGACCAGGUUCUGGCCAAUCAGGCUUUGGCUCUGGCCAGUUCUCAGGUGCUGGCCGACCAGGUUCUGGCCAAUCAGGCUUUGGUUCAGGCCAGCAGUUCGCAGGCGCUGGCUCUUCCCAAGCUCCAAGCAGGUCAUACGGUUACCCUUAAGCACACUCAGCCAAACGGCCGAAACGAGAACUUUGCUGUAAGAAUCCUAUACGUGAACUUUACCAAUGUUAUUCAGCCGACGACGGAUGCGAGUCCUGGAAGACAUUUUAUGGUGCCACGUUGUUACCUGAACA